GAAUGCCCUGGACCUGAACGGACACAGCUGGCCAGCGGCUUGCUUCAAUGACAGCAGAGACCAACACUUCUUCAUCAUCGGUGAUUGGGGUGGAAUCCUGAGCGGCAGUGAGCCUCUUACCUUCAAGAACCGGCCCACGAUCAUCGACCCCAUCGACAUCCAUGCGCAGAGCUUUGUAGCCAACAAGAUGGCUGACAUUGCCAAAGACUCGCUGCCCAAGUUCAUCGUGAAUGUGGGUGACAACUUCUACCCGGGAGGCAUCAGCAGUCCUGGAACCUGCAACGCGGAGACCCACGGGACCGACGCGGCUGGCAGCAUCAUCUUCAGCAACAUCUUUGAGAAGAUCUACAAGGGUCCGGGCCUGGAUGGCGUGGAGUGGUGGGGUGUCCUUGGGAACCACGACUAUGGGGGUUAUCACUACAAUGUUCACUGGGACCAGAAUAUCUUCUACACCUGGGGCCAGCAGGGCCAGCCAAAAAGCCGCUGGCUAACGCCUGCCUUGUACUGGAGCCGUCAGGUCUUCUUCAGAAACUUUUCCGUGGAUUUCUUUUUCGUGGACACCAACAGGGCUGACACAGACGGAAAUCCAGAUGCAGACCCCGAGCAUAACAUCUGCUCCCGGUCCCACAAUCAGCCCCCGCAGCCACUGGGCUGCAACGGCACCUCCAUUACCAACCCAGACACGUGCUGGAAGUGGUUCCUGGAUCUCUGGGAUGAGCAGAAGAAGUGGUUGGCUGACAAACUCGAAGCCUCGCGCGCAGAGUGGCAGAUUCUGGUGACGCAUUAUCCGCCCACCUUCGAGCCUUGCCGCUCUGAAGCCUGGGAUUCCAUGCUGGCAAAGUAUGGCGUCGACCUCUACAUCAGCGGCCACACGCACCUACAGCAAGUGCACCAAAGCGACGACUUCGGAGGCACCACCUAUGUCAUCUCUGGGGGUGGCGGUGGCAUCACCGCUGACCAAUUGCCAACCAAAACGGGUGAGGAUGAUGCCUACGGCUUCAUGGAUGUGGUCAUCAACCACCAGACCAUCACCAUCACGCGCUAUUCGCAUGGCGGAGUGGACCGGCGCACUGUGGUGCGAGGAAAGACGGUGGUGACGCCGCGGAGCCGCCAAGGGAGCGAGCAAGCGAGCGAAGCGAGCGGCAAGGGGAGCGAGGUGCAAGUGGUCGUCUGA